CAUACGGUAUAAGAUUGAGACAUAUAGAUACAAUAAUCGUAUGUAUAUUUUGCCAUGUAUCAGAUAAUCUCACAUUUUUGUCACAUUUCCCAAUACCAAACCGAAGAUAUAUAUACAUAUUUCAGGCAAGCUUCUUCCGAUCAAAACCCGAUACAGUUUGUUAAUAACUUUUUAGAGAGAGAAACGAUGGAGAAAGCAGCUGAGAGGCAGAGAGUUUUGCUGCAGCACCUCCGUCCGUCCUUCACUUCAUCAUCCCUCGAAGAUAUUGAAUCUUCACUUUCCGCAUCUAUAUGUUCUGCCGGGGAUAGUGCAGCAUACCAUCGCUCUUCUGUCUUUGGUGAUGAUGUGGUUAUAGUGGCUGCCUAUCGCACUCCACAGUGCAAGUCAAAGAGAGGUGGCUUCAAAGAUACCUUUCCUGAUGAUCUGCUAGCUCCAGUUCUGAGGGCGUUGAUAGAAAAAACAAAUAUAAGCCCAGCUGAAGUUGGGGACAUUGUUGUGGGCUCCGUGUUGGCUCCGGGGUCCCAAAGAGCAAGUGAAUGUAGGAUGGCUGCAUUUUAUGCCGGUUUCCCUGAAACUGUACCUGUUAGAACUGUGAACAGGCAAUGUUCGUCUGGCCUUCAAGCUGUAGCUGAUGUAGCUGCAGCUAUUAAAGCUGGAUUUUAUGAUAUUGGGAUUGGUGCUGGGUUGGAGUCGAUGACCACAAAUCCUAUGGCUUGGGAAGGAUCAGUCAAUCCAAGAGUAAAAACAAUGGCAGAAGCACAAAAUUGCCUUCUUCCAAUGGGUAUUACCUCAGAGAAUGUUGCACAUCGUUUUGGUGUGACAAGGCAGGAGCAAGAUAAGGCUGCUGUUGAGUCACAUAGAAAGGCUGCUGCAGCCACUGCAUCUGGCAAAUUUAAAGAUGAGAUAAUACCAGUGAAAACAAAGAUUGUGGAUCCAAAAUCUGGGGAUGAGAAACCGGUUACAAUAUCCGUUGAUGAUGGUAUCCGACCAAGCACAACACUGGGAGAUUUGGGCAAGCUGAAACCUGUUUUCAAGAAAGAUGGCUCAACCACUGCUGGGAAUUCCAGUCAAGUGAGUGACGGUGCUGGAGCUGUGCUGCUCAUGAAGAGAAGUCUUGCUAUGCAGAAAGGACUUCCUAUUCUUGGUGUAUUCAGAACCUUUGCUGCUGUUGGUGUAGAUCCUGCAAUCAUGGGUAUUGGUCCAGCAGUUGCAAUUCCUGCAGCUGUCAAAUCUGCUGGUCUUGAACUUGGGGAUAUUGAUCUUUUCGAGAUAAAUGAGGCAUUUGCUUCACAAUUUCUGUACUGCCAAAAGAAGCUUGAACUUGACCCUGAGAAAAUCAAUGUGAAUGGAGGUGCUAUGGCAAUUGGACAUCCUUUGGGAGCAACAGGAGCUCGUUGUGUUGCUACCUUGCUGCAUGAAAUGAAGCGUCGUGGAAAAGAUUGUCGCUUUGGGGUGGUGUCAAUGUGUAUAGGUCUCUCUCUCUCUCCCGCUCUCUCUCCCUCCCUCUCUCUCUCUCUACCUACAGAUUCAAAAAUCUUGAAUCUUUGUGGCAGGCACUGGAAUGGGUGCUGCAGCUGUUUUCGAAAGAGGUGACUCGUGCGAUGAGCUUUGCAACACUCGAACUGUGAAAAACCAGAAUUUUCUGUCAAAGGAUACACUCUAGACUUGCAGUGAGCUUUACAAAAUAAAUUCCAACAACGUUGCAUCUCUUUCAAAUAUCCCGUGCGAUAGAAUUCAGAGUGAUCCUUGUGGAUGUCGGAUCCACACGUCUAUCUAUGUUCAACAAGAACUUUUAAGUAAAGUAUUUAGAAUUCGUCUUUGAUUAUUUGCCUUGUAUUUCCUCCAAAUUUAAUUAUCUGCAACUCAUGUCAGUGAGUGUAGACAAGGGGAGUACAAUUAUUUCGAUAUAUGUUUAGUGACGGAAUUUAUUUCUAAACAUGAAUGCUCACAUUUACCCGUCCAAGUCUGUUACUGUAUGUUUGGAAAGCGAUACUGAUCUGGUUGUUAAUAAGUACUGUGUACUAUAAUCAUAUGAUUCAUAUUAACAGUGAA